AUGGAGAGAUACCUUCCCAACUACGAGGGGCACCCCAGAAACCUUGACCUUGACAUGCCACAGCAAGGCACCGGUUACCAGCUUGCUCAAGAUACCAACAACACGGUAAAUCACACAAACACCAACGAUGGCCAAGUCCACACGCCAACCAUCAAGUCCAUCCUGUUCAGCAUGUCAACCCCGCCGGCCGACACCAUGAUGACCAAUACCUGGCGGGCCCAAAACAUCCCGGUUCCCGACCACUAUCUCGAAAAACGGCUAGAGGCGCUAUUCACCGUCAAAUACGGCAUAGCGACUUACGAGCUUCUGAUUUCAUGCUUCGAGCCAAACCGUCGCCAAGACGGCAGGGGCUGUUACAUGGCCACGAACGCGCUGAACCCCAUGGAACAGCUUCUUAAAACGGUCACCAACGCUGCCGAAGAUGAAAAGUUCCGCAACCACCUUAAAGACUUGAGUCAAAUGGUAAUUGCUUCUUGCAAGCUUUGGAUCAACCCGUUUAUUGCCAGGGGCAAGGCACAGACGUAUCGGUUGCAGUUGAUCGAGCCCGUCUCGCCCAUCCAGAGCAAUACUCUGAUUCCCUGGGAUAUGAGUAUUUGGUCAGACCAUCGUAUACAUGAGGCUCUUGCGGAGCUGGUUUUCACUGCGAACGGAUUCAGCCUCAGGUACUUGAAGGACGGGCCAGGAAGAGGCUUUUGGUAA